GAGGCUCGUUUAUCUCAUCUCAAAGAACAUUAGUACUGCAAUACAAAGCAAUCUAUGACUAUUGUAAUGUAACACACUUUCAUUAUUCACAUCGACAUGGAUUCUUUAUGUUUCCACUCUGUUCUUCUUCUCCUCGUUUCUACUGCAUCUUGUCUUUCCUUUUCACACCCUUCUUUUCUUGGCGUACACCCUCUAGAUGCUCAAUAUUAUAGCUCUGAGUUUAUCAAGUGCAAGGAUGGAUCAAAAUCCUUCUCUAGAGACCGUCUCAAUGAUGAUUUCUGUGACUGUUCUGAUGGUACUGAUGAACCUGGAACUUCAGCUUGUUCGGCAGGAAAGUUUUAUUGUAGAAACCUAGGAAGCAAGCCACAGUUUAUAGUUUCUUCCCACGUUAAUGAUCGCUUUUGUGAUUGUUGUGAUGGGAGUGAUGAAUAUGAUGGAACCAUUCGUUGUCCCAACACAUGUGUCAUGGGUGGGAACGCAGAGAACAUGUAUGGCAAUUACAAUUCAAAAGUACGCGAUCAGAGUGUUUUUUCUGAAAAAGAAACAGAAAAUGGAGCGAAGGCAGAGGAAUCAGCUCAUAGCCUCAGUGGUUUGAAAUUGGCAAUUAUUCUACAAGUGGUUGUAGUUGCUUUUCUGGUAUUUCUAUGGAGUUUCCGUUGCUACACCAGAUAUAGGAGGAGGCGUUCCCGCUGAAUUAAAAGAGACCUUGGUGUUUACAUGAUUUUGAACUGUGGUCAAUAAGCUAAACUACACUAGAGGGUAGCUGGCUUGCAUAGCAAUGCCACACAUACCUUCUUUACUCAAAGUGUCGCGCUUCAUCCUGAUAUAACCAGAUUCACCCCAGUCAGCACCCCAUGAAUUCUUCACAAUCCAAUACUUAUUAAUAGUUUCUUUUCCAUAUCCAACUACGGUUACACCAUGAUUGAGUUGCUUUCCACAAAUGCCAGAGAAAACGCCUUCUGAAUAAAACUGAAAUGAAUAACCUCCUGCAUCAAUUGCAACAGACACAGGUUGAUGAGCAGCUGCAGCUUUAAGCUUAGCCUCAUUAUCAGCAGGAACUUCUUCAUAUCCACUUAUACUCGCAGCAUAAUGUGCGGCUUUUUCCAUCUUACAGGUACCAUCUACACCUUCAUAAGGAUAGUCUUGUUCGGUGGUUAGUCCACCAUUUUCUAUAAUGAAUGUAUAUGCUGUCUCCAUUAAGCCACCUUGACAACCUUGGUUACCACUUUUAACAUCACAAUCUAUCAGUUCUUGUUCAGACAGAGAGAUCAAUUUCCCUGAUUUUAUUUUGUUGAUGCCUUCUACAGCUGCCACUGCAGCGAAUGCCCAACAACCUCCUACAUGAACACAACUUAAAAGUAGUUGAAACAACCAUCUUGAAAGAAUGUUCCACAAGUUAAAAUACCAAUUUUUCGUACAAUAUCAAGUUAAAAAAACAUUGGCAGAGUAAGAAUGUUCCUUAAGUUGUAAGAAAUCACAUAAGUAACAUAGCUUGAAUCGCAUAAUAUGGUGAAACUGAAAUAGCAUAACCUAGAACCUCUAAAAGCCAUGCAAUUCUGUUACAAGAAACAUUACCACAUUGGCCUUGAUCCAUGAUUUCAGUUACUGCUCCCUCCUUCCUCCAAUCCUUGCUUUCUGGAAGAUCACCGUGUUCAUCAUACCUGAAUCCUGUAUUAUGUGAACGCAACCUAGUACUAAGACCCAUAUAAGUACUUUGAAACUCUUCAUUUGUAAGAUCUGCAAAUUUAUUGUCUGUUAGAUUGUAGGAGUUUUUCUGCGCGUUUUUGCACUGUAUGUAUUGAACAUUUGCUUGGUAAAUGCCAAAACGGACUUCCCUUUCGUCA